UCCAGCGCGACCGAGUGCUAAGCUGGAUGCGGUUCUGCGCGCUCUAUCUCUCUCUCGACUGCGCUGAGUUUGGUUUAGUGUAUAGUAGUAGGCUCGAUCGAGACGGGAACUGCGGAACGGAACCCGACGACGGUGCACGGUCGAUCCGCUUGCCAGUCGGUGUACAGUAAGUGAAAGAACGCCGCCAAGAACGAACGUUUCUCUGUCCUCCGGUGUUUGAAAAGAGCUGCCCGGAGCCGGUUUUUAUUUGGUGUGUUCCCGCUCGCCCCCCCUGCGUGCGUGCCUUCCGUCCCCGUGUGGUGGAUUGGAGAGUUUGAGAACCACUGCGUUCUGUUUAUUCGGGAGUUUUGUGCGAAAUUGAAAAAAAUAAAAGCGAUCAGCCAACACUACUGGGAGAGUUCCGGCUUUCCGCGAUCGCAGCAAGAAGGAACAGUUACUUCCGGGAGUUUCAAGUGCAAGCAAGCAGCAGAGUGAGGAGAAAAUACUGCGAUCCGAGUCGAUUUGGGUUAAAGUGUGUUUUGAUGGAUUAACUCCUUUGUGUGCGCAUGGAUUGGAUUAACCGCAAACCGAGAAAAGCAGUGCAUAAUCCGACGAAAAUAUCGACCAUGUGAAUAAGAUUGGUGGCCGAACGAGCCCUCUGUGACGAAUUCCCAAGAAAUACUACUCAAAGUGCAAUAUUUUCUAAGAUAGUAGGAUUAAGUUCUAAGUUAAGUGAAGCAACCUGCGCUGACUAAGAUCUCCCGAUGAUUUUUGAUCGAUUAAUUAAGUGAAAAAGUGCGUCCAGCAGCAAUCGAAGAAGGCAUUGGUGAAAAUGGAAAUUUGUAAAAACAGGAGUGCCUUGAUGGAUGAAUUUUGUGAGGAUUGCGGCGAUCGUUUGUGACGAAAUUGCGAUCGUACUCGCCAACGGAAAAUCAUAUUCUAGGAAAAGUGGCGAUCGUUUGUGAUUAUGACAAGUGACAGCUGACGCAACAGCACGUUGUUUGAUAAUAAUAAUAAUAUUAAGGAAACAAAAGUAAACAAGUGAUUGACAAACAGAGAACAACAACAUUUUUUUGGAUUAAUCGUACGCGCAACUAAGAAGAAAAGAAGAAACAAUGCCGAAGAUCAGCUUGAUCAAGCACCGGAUCCACCAGGAGCAGUUGCGGCUGCUCGAGUCGCAGAAGAAUGCCAACUUCGGGGACGGCGCUUUCGGGAGCGAGCCGCUGUCGCUGGUUUCCCGCAAGAAGGACCACAAGGAGGGAGCAGAUCGCGACAUCUUCAGCGAGGAGAACCGCCUGAGUCCGCCAUGCCGAGAAACAUCAUCCUCUCCCGCCUCGUCCAUCUUCAGUUCGGUCGUCCAAGCCGCCCAGAACCUAUCAGUCAACCAGAGAAGCAGCCCGCCGCCCUCGGUGCCUCUUUUCCUCCAGCGCAGCUUCGCAGCCAAAGAACUAGCAGCAGCAGCAGCAGCAGAACCACAGGUUGCUCCCGCACCGAACCCGCCAACACCGACGCCGGUGCGUCGCUUCUUCUCGUCCAUCACCGGCGGUGACACUCCCUACGGAAGCCGCCCCGGUCACGUUCUCACACAGGCCGAGCGAAAAGUAUACCCGCCUAGUCGGCCGAUCACUCCUCCUCCACAGCAGCAGUCUUUGCCGCCGGCGCCGUCCCCUCCCGAAAAGAAAGACCCUCACAGCAAUCAGCCACAACCGGUGGCCCGGGAGGAGCGCAAUGUGAUCACGGAGGAACGCCCAGUGGUGUCGGUGGAGCCCCGGUCACCGCCUCCCAAAGAUCGCGUUCCGACGCCUCCACCGGCUUCUGGUCCGGUUGUGCGCUGUUCCGUCAUCCAGAGAGCCCCCCAAGCGGCUCUAUCCCCGCGACGACCUACCGUCCCCAGCCCGGACAGCAGCCCCAAGGCCGUCGAUCUGAAGGUACGAGCCCCAGAGCUGGAACCGGAACAGGAGCAACCGAUCGAUUACCACAUACCAAAACGGUGCGAAGAUGGCAAGGAGAACAAGAAGGAAGACGAAGAUAGGGAGAAGAAAAUUCGGGAAGCCAGGCGAGAAGCAAUCUUGAGGAGACAUCUCCUGUCCAUGCGCUACCGAUAUGGCAAACUGAAUGGAAUCAUGCAGGCUGCGGCCGGGCACGGUCGAUCUUCCAGCGGUGGAGGACAAGCCGCAGGUGGUCACAGCGGACACAGCGGCGGUGGCAGCAUCAACUUCUCCUCCGGAUCCGGAGGACUCGGAAGUACCAGCGGAAGUAGUGGCGGUGCAAUCGGUGGAGGAGGAGCCGGAGGUGGCAUGGGAGGACGUGAUGGGCGAUCCAACUACGGCCCAAACAGCCCCCCAACUGGGUCCCUUCCACCUUUCUACGAAAGUCUCAAAGGUGGCAACGCCGGCCUUAACGCAUACAACGCCAACGGAGGGUUCCUCAACACCAACUGGAACAACAUGGACUGCGACACGACUCAGGAUCUCACCAACAUAGGAGCCUACACGGAUGCUAACGGGAACAGUAGCACGAACCCGUCCAAACAAUACUCCUUGCUUCAAAACGCCUACGGCAUCGCGCUCAAAGACGAAGCAGACCUGGACUACGACUCCAAAAUGGAUUCCUUCUCCAACCUGUACGGCAACUACGACGUCAACGACUCCAUGAUGGCCGAAAUGAACGGCGUCGGCGUCGACCCUCUGCAUCUCACCGCAACACUCACCUUCUCCUCUCCGGGAGACAGCGCCCUGCUGGACAGCUUCUCCGACGCCGUCGAUCUGAGCCAAUUCCUGAACCGGCUUCCCUCGGACGAGCAAUCCAGCAGCUGCAACGACCUGGAACUAACUUCAACGCCGUCGCUCACCCCCGACUCCGUGGCAACGUCCCUGCAACAGGUCGAUCACCACGACGGACUCGACCAAUACCCAGACCACCUCCUCCUCACCCGAAACUACUCCGCCAACUUUAACAACAACAACACCCCCAAAUAUAUGCAACCCCCACACCAGCAGUCCAACCAUCAGGAGAACCCUCCCAGCUACCAAUCCUCCCACCAUUUCCAUUCCCUCAGCAGUUUCGACCUCGACUCGCACAGCAACCUCUCCCUUCCGUCCCCCAACAGUCAUUCCCUCCAGUCACCCUCGUCCUCCUCCUCGCCGCCGUCCUCUUCCUCGUCAUCUGCUGCAGCCGCAGCAGCAGCAGCGGCCGCCGCCGCCGCAUCACUAGCCGCCGCUGGCCUCCCCGGGCACGGCCCCGUGGCCCUCGGUGCGCCCUCGCCCGUCACCGCGCCACCACCGGGCGUCGUCGCCUCAACCAUCCAAAACCUCGGCCUCCCGGCCGAAGUCCAGCUGGAGUUCGUCAACGGCGGGCACGGCAUCAAGAACCCGCUGGCCGUCGAGAACAUCCCCGGGCGGCUGCGCGACGAGGACAAACACCACACCAAGCUGCUGCAGCAGACCGAGGUGCUCAAGGUGGACGAAUCGAGCGUCGGCAGCGGCGACCCGCAGAGCAAGUUCGUCUGCCGGAUAUGCCAGAAGUCGUUCACGCUGCAGCGGUUGCUGAACCGGCACAUGAAGUGCCACUCGGACGUCAAGCGCUACCUGUGCACCUUCUGCGGCAAGGGAUUCAACGACACGUUCGACCUGAAGCGGCACACCCGGACGCACACCGGCGUCCGGCCGUACAAGUGCAACCUGUGCGAGAAGUCGUUCACGCAGCGGUGCUCGCUGGAGUCGCACUGCCUGAAGGUGCACGGCGUCCAGCACCAGUACGCGUACAAGGAGCGGCGCACGAAGAUGUACGUCUGCGAGGAGUGCGGCCACACCACCAACGAACCGGAGGUCCACUACCUGCACCUGAAGGAGAAGCACCCGUACUCGCCGGCCCUGCUCAAGUUCUACGACAAGCGCCACUUCAAGUUCACCAACUCGCAGUUCGCCAACAACCUGCUCGGUUCGUUCCCGAUGCCGGUCCAAAACUGACUCGACGACGGUGGUGGCGUGGGGUGGUGAGUCCGUUCCGAACAACGCGAACAAGCGCAACCCACACACACACACACACACGCACACCAGUAGAGAGAGAAUCAAAAAGACACACCAGCUGGGAUGGCGCGGCGCGCAGACUUGAAUGGCGAUUUUCCGGGGCGCGCGCGCUCGCGCGGAUACACGUAAAACAAAACAAAAAACAACCUAACUAACAAUUAUUUAUUUGCUGCAAUAUUAUUUUAUACUACUUACUAAUACGAUGAGAGUCGGGGCGCGGGAGGAUCGGCGGGCAUUUCCUCCGCGCCCCGUGGAUGAGCAGGAGGAGAAAAUGUUUAGUGGUUAAGUGCGUUAGGGGUUAAGCGUAUUUAGGGUCCUAGGAAGAGGAGGUUCGAAAAAGUAAUCGAGCAACCACAAUGCUGUAGAAAGAGACGGAUGUAGACAAGGUGCGUGCACGCAGGGAAAUCGCCCCCCGGAAGUUUGGAAAAGGCUUUUUAGGAGUAACACUUUUUUAGUUUUUUUUUAUCAUGUUUCGUUUUUGGAUUUUUUCUUUUACUUUCUGGAGGAAAUUUAAUUUUGAAGCACGCGGAUUGCGCGGAUGCCGACUGGAUCAGCAUCUGUCCAUUUUGAUUGAUUUCCGCGGUUUUCCGACCGGUGGUCGGAAAAAAAGAGGAUUUGAGGAUUUUAUUUUUUGUUAAACGCGAGAAAGUGGAAAACAAUAAACAGAAGUUCGAAGUGAGA